AUGGGCACUGUUACCUCUAACCAGAAACAUCAGCCUGCCGCCACUGCUGUCUUUACUUUGUUUGCUAUUUAUGUGCCCGCUUUCAUUCUCAGCAAAAUAAAGCAGAGUCCUUACGAAAUCGUCGAUGAUGAGAUCGACAUUGUGGUAAAGGAGACCACAGUUAGGGACGGGUCGGCAGAGGAUGACGCUCCCGUGGUGAAUGGCGACAAGAGGGUGGUCGAGGAGAAUGUCGACAUCCAGGAGAUUGUCACUAUGCAGCCCAAGCCGCCACACAUUCUCAAGACUCUUCUGGUUGGCACUCCAAGCCCCCGGAGCUUGUUGCUGUCUCUCCUAACGCUGGCCAUCAACAUCGCAUGCGUUGCCAUGGUGGCCGACCGUGUGUUCUCGGAACACUCGUACACCGCCGAUGACUUGUCGUUUAUCAGAGUCGGGUACGUGUCGGAUACCGAGGCCAGGCUGCUCAUCCGAGAGCCUGACCAGGCCAAGAUGCCCAUCAGCGUCAAAAUGCACAUCAAGGACCCCCAUCCGCCAUUCGACAAUCCCCAAUGGCAGAGCGUCGGCGGUGUCAGAUGGACGGCGGAAGAGACGGACUACACUGCCGUCCUGAGUAUCCCCAUCAGGCACGGCAGCCAGCGUACCUAUGAAUGGGUCUCCUCGAACAACCAUUCGGGAGAGUUUACCGCAGCACCAAAACCAGGGCACACGCCCGACAUUCAUGGCGGCCAGUUUACGUUCCUCAGUACGUCAUGCAUCGUCUCCAGGCUUCCCUACAACCCGCUGGACCACCCGCUGGCCAUCCCCGGUCUCCGGCAUCUGGCCAACGUGCUCCCCUCCCUCGGCGCCCAGUUCAUGCUCUUCCUCGGCGACUUCAUCUACGUCGACGUCCCGCGCUGGUGGGGCAAGGGCGUCGAGGACUACCGGCAAAAGUACCGCCAGGUCUACGCCUCGCCCGACUGGCAGGCCGUCGGCCAGAACCUGAGCUGGAUCCACGUCCUCGACGACCACGAGAUCCGGAACGACUGGGACGCCAACUCGACCGGCGUCUACCACAACGCCACCGAGCCCUACAACCACUACCAGGCGGCCGCCAACCCUCCCCCGGCCAGGUGGGCCGGCCGGCGCAGCGCAGCAGCCCUCGGGGCGGCGGACCCGGCUACUACUACCUACUUCGAGUUCACCCAGGGCCCCGCGAGCUUCUUCCUGCUGGACACGCGGUCCUACCGCUCCAGCAACGCCAUGGCCGCCGACGACCCGGCCAAGACGAUGCUCGGCGCCCGGCAGCUCGGGGACCUGCUCGCCUUCCUCGCGCGGCCCGAGCCCCGCGGGGUCAAGUGGAAGAUCGUGGCCUCGUCGGUGCCCUUCACCAAGAACUGGCGCGUCAACACGCGCGACACGUGGGGCGGCUUCCCGGCCGAGCGGCGCCGCGUGCUCGAGGCCAUGUGGGACGCCGGCGCCCGCCGCGGCGUCGGCGUCGUCGUGCUCUCGGGCGACCGGCACGAGUUCGCGGCGACCAGGUUCCCGCCGCCCGCCGGGGACGACAGGUGGGGCGAGGGCGCGGCCGUGCACGAGUUCUCGGCCAGCCCGCUCAGCCAGUUCUAUUCGCCUGUCCCGACGUAUUGGCAGACGGACGAUGAGGAUGUCAAGCUCAAAUAUAUCAACAAGGGCAACUCCAAGUUUGGCGCCAUCACCAUCGAGACGCUUGCCGAGGGCGACCAGAGCAGUCUCAAGUACCGUCUCUUUGUCGACGGUGUCGAGACGUGGAACACCGUAGUCCUCUCACCAGCUCCGACUCUUGAGGGGAGUUCCGUUGGAAAGUCUCUCUGGGAUAGGCUUCGCGGUCUUUAA